UUGGACUCAGACCCCGUUUUAAAUAGGACAAAAUUUCUAUGUUUAGACCCGAAUAUUGAACAUAUAUAUAUCUUAUACACAAACUUGAUUUAAUCUGAGUUAGAUAAAUUCGAUCAUUCAAACCAGAAAGUUAGAAUUUUGUCACCCUUAAGUAUCUUUAAUCGCAGAAAAAGCAUCCACUGAAAUUAAGGUCCUGGUGGUCCAAAAAAAGACAAAAAAAAAUAAUUAUGAAUACCCACCCAAAUGAUCCAAUCAGUUACAAUGUUGUUUUCUUGUCUUGUUCCGCAAUGGGCGUAUUUAUUAUUAUCUUGAACUCAACCUUACGCAAUCGCUCCUCUUAUCGUAUUUUCUAUUUUGUCCUCCGGAAUUUCAAUUUGUGCGGACAGAGAUCUCGAAACAAAAACAUGUCCAUUUCAAGUCCUCCAACUCCGGGUCUCUUCAUCUUCAUCUUCAUCUUCAUCCUUCUCUUCAGACCCUCAUUUGCAGAUGAUGAUUCAAGACUAACACCUCCGCCUCAGCCUCCGACGUCGUCAUUCAGACCGCAAAAACUUGCUCCCUUCAGGCCGAGCAUAGCCGUGAUUGUGGCCUUCUUGACCACCAUGUUUUCCAUCACAUUUAUCAUCCUCCUCUACGCCAAACACUGUAAGCGCAGCACCGGCGGCGGCCAUGUUCGUUAUGGCGGGCAAUCUACUAAUCCUGCGGCGACGGGCAGGAAGAACUCCGGCAUCGACAGGACGGUGAUUGAGUCGCUCCCACUCUUUCGAUUCGGUUCGCUUAGGGGACAGAAGAACGGACUCGAGUGCGCUGUUUGUCUGGCUUGGUUCGAGCCUGCGGAGCUGUUGAGAUUGCUCCCGAAGUGCAAGCACGCGUUUCAUGUCGAAUGCGUUGAUACUUGGCUUGAUGCGCAUUCCACUUGCCCUCUCUGUCGAUACCGGGUUGACCCGGAGGACAUUCUCUUGAUCGACGAUUGCAAAAUAUUGCACGAUAGCCUACCAAUCCGACCACAACGUCCUCCAACACCGCAAUAUGAAGCCAGACAGACUGCAAUCGAAGAGUCGAGUCAGAUUCGGGGAUCUCGGCAAGUUUCGGGGAGGCACUCGUCCGCGGGUGAGAAAGCGAGUGGGUUUUUAGAAAUAGUAGUGGAGCAACCCGGUGAGCAAGAUCCGGAGUCUUCUUAUUCUAAUGAAAACGACAAUCCGGCAUCGUUUAGGAGGUCUCUUGAUAGUUCGAUGUCAUUGAAGGAAGAGAAGAACAACAGUGAUUCUGUAACCGUUGGAUGCUUUGACCGGCAACGAAAAGACGGGAUUCUCUUGGCUGAUGAUGGUGGAACGAGUAGUUUUGACCGCAGUAGAUUCGAGCACCGUAUCGUAAUCUCAGGAACAAAACCCGGGUCGAGUUCGCUCCACUUCAACGAAAGAUGGAGCGACGUACAUCCGUCAGAUAUGCUAUAUCUACGGUCAGAAAUGAUAAUAAGUGACAGCCGUAGAUUUUCCUCAGCGUUCUCGGGAUCGCGGCCGUCAGUUGGGAGCAAUGGUAGAAGCGUAAUUAACUCGAGAAGCGUGUCGGAAAUCACGGGGUUGAACAGAUUCUCGAACGACAACAGCAACCGUGCCCGUCAUGAUCGAGAACGACAGGCGGGAGUUGUAUCGAGAUGGUUGGCUUGGAUUUCACAGUCACAGCCAGUUUUACGAUCGGAGCGUACAACCACCACUGUUGCUGUUAGUUCAGCGCACUUAUAAGUUAUAACCAAACAAAAGUUGUUAAACAGAAUUAAAAUUUAUACACUUUUUUAGUUGCAGAGAGAGAGGAAGACAUGAGAAGCACGAGAAGUUCAAAUGAGUGUUAGAUGACAGAUGACACUCAUAUUGAUGGUAUUACAUAGAGAUCUCGAGUUCGACUCUCUCAAUCCCAUUCUCUUGUAUUAGGUCUCAAGUUCCAGUUUCUUCAUCCAUUUAUCUUGUAUUUAAAAGAGAGAGACAGAGAGGGGACCCAGAUACCGAACAGAGCACGUGCGUGCAUGGAAGCAAUAGGUGCAGAGCUAACUAUCAAUACGACCUCGUUUAACUGCAAAUUUUUUUUCUUCUUCUUUUCCAUUGAUAAUAUUAGUAUUACCUGUGUAUUCAAAUUUAUUUAUUUUUUCCAGGAUGGUGAAUUGGUUUGAUGAAAGUGGACAGUCUGCUGGCACUCUUGUUGUUUAGUUGUUAAUGGCAAGCAGAUGAAUUAUUAAGAUUUGAGAGACAUAUCUGAUAAAACUGCAGGUUUUGCUUCUUUUGAUAGAUUUUUUUUU